GCAAAUCUUCAGCUGCACUCCUCUCCAUGAGACCCAUCACCCAUGGCCAUGGCCAUAAGACCACGGUGAGCUGAGCUGACAGUGCCAAGCCAAACCCCUCCACAGUCUCUCCUCCUCCUCCCGACAAGCACAGAACUCGUCUUUUCCUUUCUCCCCCCUUCCUCUUUUCCCCUCACCUCACCUCACUGUGCGGCGUGGCCACUGCCAGUACAAUCCGCUCACUCUUUAUUCCCCCGGCUGCCCUUGUCUCGUUGCGUGUCCCUCCUGCGGUUAUGGAUCAAGAAACCUCACGAGAACCCCGCCGCUUCAGCCGUAUAUUGCCGCAUUAGUCGGGGCCCAGCACUCGCCGGAUCGUUUCUCGCGAUCGCAUUGCAUGCGCUCUUCCUGAUCUCCGACGCGGAUUGAUUUCAUUUCCGUCGCGUUGCCGGCGGCGGGAUUCGGGGCCGCGGCAUUUUGUCUGGUUGAGGAAGAGGAGGGGCAAUGGUCGGCAGCGGCGCACAGUCGGCAAGCGGCGCGGAGGUCGAAGACAUCGAGCUCGGCGAGCGGCGGCGCGCGGACGAGUUCGUGGACGACGACGAGGAGGGCAGCCAGUACUUCACGGACGCGGAGGACCGGUCGUGGCCCUCGCACUCGCGCCAAGAGUCCGCCGCCUUCGAGGACUGCAUCUCGCGGUGCGCCUCCACCCGCGCCAGCUCCUGCGGCGGCGCCGACAGCGACGCGGACAUCGAGGCCGGCGGCGGGCACUUCAGGAAGUCGUCGUGCGUGUCCGAGUGCUCGCUGGACGACGUCGACCUGGAGGCCGGGUUUGGCGGCGAGAGCGCCAAGGGCAGCCCCGACCCCGAGAAGGCCGAGAAGAACUGCCGCAUUUGCCACCUCGGCCUGGAGAGCGCGGCGGCCGAGUCCGGCGCCGGCAUCACGCUCGGCUGCUCCUGCAAGGGCGACCUCUCCUACUCCCACAAGCAGUGCGCCGAGACCUGGUUCAAGAUCAGAGGCAACAAGACCUGUGAGAUCUGCAGCUCAACCGCAUGCAAUGUGGUUGUGUUAGGCGAUCCGGAGUUUGUCGAGCAGUCGAACGAAUCGAACACCACAGCAGCUGGGCAUACAUUUCCAAACGAAACCAGGAGAUUUUGGCAAGGGCAUCGGUUCCUCAACUUCCUUCUGGCAUGCAUGGUCUUCGCCUUCGUCAUCUCAUGGCUCUUCCACUUCAACGUCCCGGGGUGAGUUUCACGGCGGACGGUCCCUCAAUAAAAAGCUCCAAGGCCAUUACGGCAGCAAACAUGUGGGUUAGGUUCAACAAAUCUGGAGAAACAGGCUAAAAGGUUAAGUUAAGCUGUGAAGAGGUACACAAAUAUAUGGUCGGCGCGGCGGCCUUAAAUUUGCCUUGAUCGGGGUUCAGUAGCACGAAAGGAACCCUGAUCAGGAUCUCCUCCCGCCCGCGUGCCCCAAGAUUUGAGUGAAGAUAGCGGCGAAGAAUGGAAGAUGUGUUGUUGUUCGCUUGUUCCGUGAUUAUUGUUGUCUUGGUUUGAAGAAGAACAGGCUUAUGUUAGCGUUGUCAUUUCCUAGCUUUUUGCCGUUUUGCCUUGUGAGUUGGUGUGGUCUGUGUGUGCAGAUUUCUCUACGCCUGCCCUUUGUUCCAGUGUUUAUAGUCCUGAUAAACAGGAUGAGGUGGCAGCCAGCUGUCCUUAGCAAGGAAAAUGUAGUGCCAGGUCAGUCCCGAACAAAUGUUGCCGAAAUAAUCAUGAGGAAAUUAUUGUGGAAUGCUUGAGCUCA